AUGUUUGCCCCUGUGUUCCUGCUGAAUCACGAAAACAGAUUUCCCUAUGAAAGAGAUGAGCAAGAAUUUACAAACGGUGUGUGUCAGAUGGUAGUGAUGCUACUGAGUCUCUAUGAAGGACUCUGGGCUGCACCCAACCCCCGACUAAAGCCUAUAGACCCCCGGAGUGAGUUUGAUUCCAUUGUCAUCUUGGCCAGAAACCUGCUAAGUGACACCAAGACCCUCUUCAACCACUUUAAAAAACACUUCCCAGCAGAAGGUGAACACAAGUUAGAAACACUGCCAGUUUUAUCCAUGAAUGCUGUAGAACUUGCCAACAUCCAGGUUUCUGCAGGUCUAGCCCGGCUCACCUCUGAUUUGCAGUGCUACCAACGGCAUUUUGAGUGGCUGAAGAAGGCAGCAACAUUGCUGCGGCCCAUGGAACAUGACAUUGGCACAGUGCACACCCGGCUUGAACGUCUCCUUAAAAGAGUGGAACUUCUGAUGACGAAGCUCAAUCUGACACGGCCCAAUGACCCUGUGCCAACCCUCCCGACCCAUGGGACCCACUGGUCUGUUGUCCAGGCUGGACAUGCCAUUAUCCACUCAUUCCACCUUUAUCUAGACUGGGCAGCCCGAGUGUUGGUCUUGAUCCGGAACAAGUUGUGA